GUCGAUUAGUUUUCCUGACCCUGGAUCCCGAUGAGUUCAGCUUGUUGGUUAGCCGUCAAUGAGUGCUGUGCUGCCGGCUGAUGGUAGGACCAAACUUUAAACACCAAUACAAAAUGUGAUCAUGUACUGUACUGACCUGCCAAUGGUGCCGCCAAUUCGGGCACGACGUUCAAACACACCCGUUGCCGGCACCACCGUCCCCCGCGGCUUAAAUUAAUUUUGUAUGGCGAAACAGACGGCUGCAGCUGCACCCCGACGACGCAGAGCCAACAGCAAGUCGCCGUCGCGUUGCAUUAUUUUUUUGCACCCCCAGAUCCCACCCCGGCCAAUGGCGCCGUAGUCAACUCCCCCGCCACAAACCCAACCUCCCCCAGCCCGCCAUGCCAUCGUCACGCUCGCCACCACCCCCGCCAUGCCAUGAGCCCGCCGCUCCAUGGGCUCACCGAUGCCGAUGCGCCUCCCCCUCGUCGUCCUGCUUCUCCUCGGCGUCGUGUCGCUCCGGGUCCGCGCCGGCAAGGUCGCCACGGAGCUCGUCAAACCGGACUUCACGGCGUCGUACCUGCUCUUCAUCGACACCUACGGCGUGUUCCUCGCGUCCACGAGCGGCGCGUUCCAGGCCGUGGUGUACAACCCGGCAAGCCAGCAGGACCGGUACUACCUCGCCGUGCUGCACGCGCCGUCCAAGACCUGCGUUUGGGUCGCCAACCGCGCUGUGCCCAUCACCGACCGCGCCGCGCCGCUGCAUCUCACAGCGCGCGGGAUCUCCGUCGAGGACCCCAACGGCACCGUCGUGUGGUCCACGCCGCCGUUCGGGGCUCCGGUGGCCGCGCUCCGGCUCGACAACUCCGGCAACCUCGCGCUGCUCGACGGGAGGAACGCCACGCUCUGGCAGUCAUUCGACCGUCCCACGGACUCGAUCGUGUCGUCCCAGCGGCUUCCCGUCGGGGGGAUCUUGACGUCCGCCGCAUCGGACUCGGACUUGUCGGAGGGGGACUACCGUCUCAACGUGACGGCGGCCGACGCCGUGCUCACGUGGAUGGGCUCCCUGUACUGGCGGCUGUCGAAUGACGUCAACUCCAUCAAGGACCACGAUGGCGCCGUUGCGUACAUGGCCGUGAACGGCACCGGGUUGUACCUCUUUGCGGCGGACGGCGGUGUCGUUAUUCAGGUGGCGUUGCCGGCAGCCGAGCUGCGGAUUGUUAAGCUGGGCUAUGAUGGGAAGCUGCUGGUCGCAAGCUUCGCGUCGGCGAACUCGUCGUCAACGCCGAUGGGCGGCGGCUUCGAGGUGCCGAGCGGUGGAUGCGAUCUGCCGCUUUCCUGUGGCGCGCUCGGGCUCUGCACGCCCAAGGGCUGCACGUGCCCGCCUCUGUUCGCAGCGUCGCACGACAGCGGCUGCGCGCCGUCCAACGGCUCCACUGUGCUUUCCGUAUCCUCCUGCGGCGACGCAACUGGUGGCAGAAGCUUCCCGGUUUCGUACGUCAGCCUUGGCAAUGGCGUCACGUACUACGCCAUCAAGUUCGCGCCGCCGGCCUUGGCCGGCGACAACAUUUCGUCAUGCCAGGAACUCUGCACCAGCAACUGCGCCUGCCUCGGCUACUUCUACGACGACUCCUCGUUGUCCUGCUACUUGGUACUGCACCAGCUCGGGUCCUUCAUAAACACCAACUCCACCGGUGGCUCCGACAAGCUCGGGUACAUCAAGGUCCAGAGCUCGCAGGCACCGAGUUCAUCCAACAGUUCAUCUUCAAACAGCACCCUCAUCGCCAUCCUGCUCCCGACAAUCAUCGCGUUUGUGCUCAUCGUCGUCGUCAGCGCCGUCGUAAUCACGUCGUGGCGUAAGGAAAGGCGGCGCGCGGGGAGGCACCCGUCGCGCUCCAGGGACCUGCAGCUCCGGCGGCAGCGGUCGCCGUCAGACUCAGCGCACCUCGUGCGCGAGAUUGUCGACGACGGCGACGACAUCGUCAUCCCUGGCCUCCCGACCAGGUUCACGCACGACGAGAUCGAGGACAUCACCAACAGCUUCCGCAUCAAGAUCGGCGCCGGCGGGUUCGGAGCUGUGUACAAAGGUGAGCUCCCGGACGGCUCGCUGGUGGCCGUGAAGAAGAUCCAGGGCGUCGGGAUGCAGGGCAAGCGCGAGUUCUGCACCGAGAUCGCUGUCAUUGGCAACAUCCACCACAUCAACCUCGUCCGGCUCCGCGGCUUCUGCACCGAGGGCCAGCGCCGCCUCCUUGUGUACGAGUACAUGAAUCGCGGCUCCCUCGACCGGUCGCUGUUCCGGCCCACCGGCCCUCUGUUGGAGUGGAAAGAGCGGAUAGACGUCGCCAUCGGGGCAGCGAGGGGCCUCGCGUACCUCCACUUCGGCUGCGACCAGAGGAUCAUCCACUGCGACGUCAAGCCGGAGAACAUCCUGCUCGCGGACGGCGGUCAGGUGAAGAUCGCCGACUUCGGGCUGGCGAAACUCCUCACGCCGGAGCAGUCCGGCCUCUUCACGACGAUGCGGGGCACGCGCGGGUACCUCGCGCCGGAGUGGCUCAGCAACGCACCCAUCACCGACCGCACCGACGUGUACAGCUUCGGGAUGGUGCUCCUGGAGCUCGUGCGCGGUCGCAAGAACCGCAGCGAGCACGUAAGCGAUGUCGGCGGCGGCGAGGCUUCCGAUUCCUCGAACGGCACAACAGGCAGCUCGUCGCGCGCCGCGAAAAGCGACUACUUCCCCCUCGCCGCGCUGGAGGGGCACGAGGCCAGGCGGUACGCAGAGCUAGCCGACCCGCGGCUGCAGGGGCGGGUAGUCGCCGAGGAGGUGGAGAGGGUGGUGAAGGUAGCAUUGUGUUGCCUCCACGAGGACCCGCACCUGCGGCCGAGUAUGGCGGUCGUGGCCGGCAUGCUCGAGGGCACCAUGGAGCUGUGGGAGCCGCGGGUGCAGUCGCUCGGGUUCCUCCGGCUGUAUGGCCGGGGCUUCACCGGGCCGGCGGACGGCGGAGGCAGUGGCAUCAAGCUCAACCAGAUGUGGUCCGUCGGAGACCGGUCGGGGACGACGUCGCUGACGACGAUGAGCGGGUGGCCGUCGUACAUGUCGUCGUCUCAGCUCUCCGGGCCGAGAUAGCGAAGCUCCGGCAGGAAAUUGUAUCUAGCGUUAGAGUGUGCGAAUCCAUUGAUCAUUGGUUCCAUGACAGUAGAACAGAGGAACCAAUCUGUGUAUCUACGAGGCAUCCGGUCUAUAUCUCCGCGAUUUUGUUGCAUUCCAUUGUUUCUGGAGGGGGGUUUUCUUCGGAGGAAUGGAGGGUGAAGAGUGAAGAAGUUUAAAUGGGUUUUUUAUGCUGUACGGGCAAGGUCUAUUUAUGCAUAAAAUUUCCAAUGUUUCAAUUAUCU